AUGAAGCUGCUUUCAAGUUCAUCAGCUCUUCUGCCGGCCCUGGCAGCAGUAACCACUUCAACUUCAAUUCCGACCGUAAAGAUCGAUGCUGGUACCCUUACCGGUGGAAAAUGUGACGAUGCAAAUGCAGUCUAUUACAAGUCAAUUCCUUAUGCUGAGCCUCCACUUGGAGACCUCCGUUUCGAGUCCCCCGUCGCCAAAAAGCAAUUUCCGGGCGGAAUACUUGAUGCGACAUCCGCGCCACCUGCUUGUAUCCAAUGGACAAGCGUGUUUAACGAAACAACAGCUGAGUCCGAAGAUUGCCUCUUCCUAGAUGUCUGGACUCCAUCCGAUGCCACCAAAGACUCAAAACUCCCCGUCAGAGUCUGGGUAUACGGAGGCUCUAACACGAAUGGUGGAAUUUCCAACACUCUAUACGAUGGCUGCAACUCUGCAGACGAAGGUGCAAUUCUCGUUUCCAUAAACUACAGACUUGGACCCCUGGGGUUCAUGGCACUUGAAAAGGCUGGAAUUUACGGAAACCAGGGAAUCCAGGAUCUACUUCUUGGGCUGGAGUGGGUGCAAGACAACAUUGCUCAAUUUGGCGGUGACCCGGAUAAGGUGAACCUGUUCGGCCAGUCAGCCGGUGCCGAGGACGCUUUCAUCAUUUCCUCUCUGCCGAAGGCCCCUCAACUCAUCAACAGUCUCAUCUCUGAAUCUGGCGGCGGCAAGAACCUCGUUACUAAUGCUACUUUGCAAACCACUGGUGCGAACUACGCGGGUAUCCUUGGAUGCGACUCCAGUGACAAAUCAUGUCUUCAAUCCAAAUCUGCAAGCGAUCUUCUCCGGGCCUACACAAAGGAUGGUGAAUCUGGCUAUAUCAGUUAUGGUAUUGGAGUGGAUGGUGCCAUUGGUGUCACUAGUGCUCACACUCAUACCUUCUAUCCUUAUGUGGAUGGCAAGGUCAUUCCUCAGGAGCCUAUCAGUCGUGGUUCGCGAGUCCCGGCGAUCUUUGGAUUUAACCAAAAUGAAGGCGUCAUCUACGCUGGCGACACGUGCACGACGAACAAAACAGCCUGUACUGAGUCUGGGUAUCGGGAUUUUCUCAAGGCAAACUACGGUCCUAUGGCUUCAACAGUUGAGAAGUACUACCCUCUAUCAAAGUUCGUGUCUUUGGGCCAGUUGGCCGUUCUUGGCGCUAUUUCCAAAGUCAUCACCGACUCCGAUUAUAUGUGCCCUGGAUAUCGUGGCGCGAUUGCGACUGCGCGCAACAACGUUCCUACAUGGGCUUACGAGUUCGUUCACAACACCACCUGUGCUUGGAUGGAAUCAGUUGAACAAGACGACGUCUCUUCACUGGGUGCUACCCAUACCGCGGAGAUUUCUUACGUCUUCGGUAACAUGGCUUUCGACUUGUCAGGUAGAAACUCUUGCAACUCUACAGCUGCAGAGUACCAUCUGAGCAAGCAGAUGGUGAGUUUGUGGACGGCAAUGGCAGGGAAUGCGGCUCCUUCAACCGAUGCCAUUAAGUGGCCUCGAUUCCAGCCAUCUAAGAACGGCACUACUCCUGGAUUGUACUUUGCCAAUUCAACCAGCCCUGGAACGAUCGAUUUCAGCGCUUGCCAGCUCUGGGAUAAAGUCAAUACCGUGCUUUCGGCGACGACCAACUCUACCUCAUUGGCAAGUGGAUCUGGCACUGCAAAAGCCUCGGCUACCGCGAAGGCCACCUCAUCUCCAACGCCUCAGAUCGGUGCUGCUGGAACCAUCUUGCCUGGAGGACUCCUGGCUCUGUUCGCUAUGUUGCUUCAUAUGACUGUAUUUGUAUAG